AUGGCGAAAACUCCGCAGGUUGGCACAUCGCACAUUCUCGUCGCCACACCUGACAUACCCCCCAUCUCGUUCUUCGACGAGACGCAAUGGAGGGUGUACUACGCGCUCAUGGACACCGUCGUCCCGUCCAUCGUCGCGGGCGACAGUAGUCGGGGCGAUCUGAAGCGGCUGGAGCUAGACAAGAACGUGUGCGACGCGCAUUAUGACAAGAUCCAGGGGAGUAUGACGAACGCACCGAGUCGGAAGGACUUUGAAGCGUAUCUCUCAGAGAAGCUCUCGGACAACCAGAAGUUCAGAGACCACACGGCCAGAAUUGUGGCUGCGCUUCCAGGUGAAAUCAGGGAUAGGCUGGGGUUGAUUCUGAAAUUUCUUGGCACGCGGCUUGGUAGCUACCCUCUCACCGGUUAUGUUAAACCCCUGCCCGACCUUCCCAUCAGUGCCCGCGAAGCCGUGAUCCAAUCCUGGCAAACAUCGUGGAUCCCCUCGCUCCGCGGCCUAGCCACGUCUCUCACGGUCCUCGGCAAGAAAAUAUUCGUGCAGACGUCCCCCCUAUUCCGCGAACUGAGCGGCUGGAUCGACUUGCCCGAGGACUACCGCGCGGGGACGAGGCAACCGUAUGCCUUCAAGCAGUUUGCUCUUAAAGAAGUGCCCGAGGUCGUCAAGACGGAUGUCGUCAUCGUGGGAUCCGGGUGUGGCGGUGGCGUGUGUGCCAAGGUCCUUGCGGAAGCGGGACAUCGCGUGUUGGUCGUGGAUAAGGGGUACUAUUUCCCGCCUGCGCAACUACCUAUGCGAGAUAUUGCCGCGGAGGCGAAUUUGUUUGAGAAUGGAGGGGUGGUGCAUGAGGAUACUGGGUGUUUAUCCAUUCUCGCGGGGAGCUCUUGGGGGGGAGGGGGGAGUAUCAAUUGGGGGGUUAGUUUGCAGACGCAGGAUUAUGUCAGGAGGGAAUGGGCGGAGAAAAGGGAGUUGUCGUUCUUUGCUACUGAUGAGUAUCAGGAGUCGCUGGAUCGGGUGUGUGAGUUUAUGGGCGUGUCGGAUAACGUUCGCCACAACCACAGGGGUAAUGCGCUGCUUGAGGGGGCGAAUAAGUUGGGCUGGGACGCAAAGCCCGUGCCUAUGAAUUCGGGCGGAGCAGAUCACUACUGCGGCCAUUGUCAUCUCGGCUGCGGGUCGGGUGAGAAACAGGGACCAGCUGUCAGCUGGCUUCCAGCUGCAGCAAGAGCUGGUGCUGAGUUCAUCGAGGGGUUUCAGGUCGAGAGAAUCACAUUCGAGGCGUUCGCUUCCGGCAAGAAGGCGUCAGGGGUGGUGGGGAAGUGGACGUCGCGGAACGAAGAAGGUGAUGUCAAUGGUCCGUUGGAGGAACGAGUCGUUCGUGAUGUGGUCAUCAAGGCUAAGCGGGUAAUUAUCUCAUGCGGAUCGCUCUGGAGCCCCGUCAUUCUACGAAAGAGUGGUUUGGCAAGCCCGCAGAUAGGGAGAAACCUACAUCUGCACCCUGUCAACCUUGUAGCUGGAUACUGGAAAGAGGACAUCAAGCCUUGGGAAGGCUGCGCCAUCAGCAGUGUAUGUACCACGUUCGAAAAUCUAGACAACGAAGGCCACGGCGCCAAACUGGAGCCAGUCUGCAUGGCGCCCUUGGUAUUCUUCCCUGCCUUCCCCUGGACGAGCGGAAUCGACUUCAAGCUAUCUGCCCUGAGAUAUCGCCAUAUAAACUCCUUCAUCUCCCUCACCCGCGACCGAGACACCGGCUGUGUCUACCCUGACCCUGUGUCGGGCAAGCCCCGCGUAUCGUACGCCCCGAGUGCAUUUGAUAGGGCCCAUACGCUCGAAGGGGUGGUAGCGUUGGCGAGAAUAUGCCACAGCACUGGCGCUCGGGAAAUAAUGGCGUUCAUCACAGGGGUUAGGCCUUAUAUGAGACCCGAGGAAGAGGAUCAGGAUGCGGGGAGGCAGAACGAGGAUUUUGAGGCGUGGAUUAAGGAGGUCAGAAGGAUUGGAAAUCCUGUGACGUCGCCGUGGGCGAGUGCUCACCAAAUGGGUUCGUGUCGAAUGAGCAAGUCGGAAAGUGAUGGUGUUGUUGACCCUACAGGAAAGGUGUGGGGAAUCGAGGGGCUGUAUGUCGCGGACGCUAGUGUGUUUCCCAGUGCAAGUGGUGUGAAUCCUAUGAUCACGGUUAUGGCGAUUGCGGAUCAUAUUGCUAGGGGGGUUUCGAGGAACUUGAAAGAAUAA